AUAUCGAUAGCCAUGGAUUGAUUGAUGGUCUGAUCUGGGUUCUGACGUUGACCAAAGUCUCUAAACGCGAACAAAAUGUUGUCUGCAACUUCUAUCGUCUUCCGGAGCUCCAGAAUUUCACCUGCGGUAGCCUCGAGAUUGCUGGAAUGCUACAAUCGUAGAGAAUUGUCUGCAAAGGGGAUGGCAUCCAUGGCCCCUGUAGGCUUCAUUGGCCUGGGCAACAUGGGGGCCUACAUGGCCAAGAACCUUAUCAACAAGGGCUACCCAGUAGUAGUCAACGACGUCUACCCUGAGGCUGUGGCUGAUCUGGCAGACAUUGGUGCACAGGUUGGAGACACACCGGCCGAUGUGGCACAGAAAACAGACCGCAUUAUCACCAUGCUGCCUUCUAGCCCCAACGUCUUGGAAGUUUAUACAGGAGAAAAUGGAAUUUUAUCGACAGUUAAGCCAGGCACCUUACUGAUAGAUAGCAGCACUAUUGACCCUCAAGUAUCCAAGGAUGUAGCAGCAAAAGCAGAGAAGAAAGGAGCUACAUUCAUGGAUGCACCUGUAUCAGGAGGUGUGAAUGCUGCCAGGGAUGGCAUCUUGACAUUUAUGGUUGGAGGAAAGACUGAAGAGUUUGUUGCUGCUGAGGAGCUCCUACUCAACAUGGGCAAGAAGGUGUGGCAUACUGGAGCAGUAGGAACAGGAGAGGCAGCAAAGAUCUGCAAUAACAUGUUACUAGCCAUCUCCAUGAUUGGUGUUUCAGAGGUCAUGAAUCUUGGAACAAGAUUAGGUUUGGAUAAGAAGAUCUUGGCUGACAUCCUAAGUACAAGCACUGGUCGAUGCUGGUCUGUGGAUACCUACAAUCCAGUUCCAGGGGUCAUUGAAGGUGUGCCAUCAAGUAACAACUAUCAAGGAGGAUUCGGUACUGCCCUCAUGGCAAAGGAUCUUGGCUUAUCCAAUGCAGCAGCCAUCAACACCAAGUCACCAAUCCCUUUGGGCUCCCUCAGCAAUCAAAUCUAUCGUCUCAUGUGCAACCAGGGAUACUCCCUCAAAGACUUCUCAUCUGUCUACCAGUUCCUUAAAGAACAGCAGGAUUCGUAAUGAUAAUUCAGAGAGUCGCUGGCCCGUAUUCAUAAAAGCACACUAAGUUAAACUAGGUUAACCUACUGUAGAGUACAAGCCAAUGUUUUCACCAACAAAUAUUUUUGCAAAUCGGUUUUGUGAUAACUAACACGGGGUAAUUAUAUUACAUGUUUGCUUAUGCAUUACCAGCUUACUUUUUGCCUCUUGUGAAAUUCAUAUAAACCAGGGAACAAUUUACCAAAUAAUGGCAUAUACAGUAGUCUACUUUUUCAUGGGGUGCCUAAUGUAAUUCCAUACAAAUUAUUAUGAAUUCUGAAUCAAGCCAUGAAAUGAAACAAAUGGAGUUUGUAUUGGCAUGUUUUGCAUUUGUUUGUUAUUUUGUUAUGGAAUUAUUGUAAUUUCAAUGAAUUAAAUGAAGUGGUUGACACUUGAUAGUCGAUUGACUAUCUAUGUAUCUAUGUAGUUUAAGUUCAAACCUAGAAUAAACCUAGUAUGCAUUUAUGAAUACCAGCCAUUUUAUCUAUAUUUUUACUGCAAAAUUAGGAAUCAACUGAGAGCUGAAUUGAAGAUUAUUUUACUACUUGUUAUUGUCUCAUAUUUGAGACAGGGAUUAGCCUCAAAUGUCGAGAGUCAAUCUCUCUAUAUAUAUCAUCUGUCUUGGGGUCAAGGUUUCUUUGUCUUCCUUUUAACUUGAUAGUUAAUCUGAACUUCAGCUUAUUUGCCCUAGGAGGAAUUGCACCCUGAGAAUUAAAGGAGUGAUGUAAUGCAUUUUAGUCUUACAUGUAUAUUAUGUAAACGUCAUGAAUUCUUAUGUAUGCCAGAUGAAGUCAAGUUGAAAUAUUAGCUAUGUGAAUAGUAAACCUAUUUUUUGUACAACCAAUACUGCAUUGCACCAGAUUUUCUAUAUUGUAUCUCAUACUUUCAGUGCUCAUUGAUUGCAGAUAAUGGCAGAAAUGAGAUCAGGUCCAAGGUGUUUGAUCAUUUGGUCUUUCAUAGGUUACCAAGUAGAUUUGAACUCAUGAACAUUAAUAGACAUCAAAAGUGUCACUUUACUCCAUUUUUGGUUGAGAUAAACUCUGGUAGGGCUCUUGAUUUAAUGUGAUGAUCAGAUAUAGGCACAUCCAUUUAUUAAGGCCACCCAAGGGAAACAGAAACAGGGAUCACAGUAGACAGUUGCCUUUCUUGACAGGUUCUACAACAUAUAUAUUUCUCAAGAGAGACAAAAUUCAUUGUCACUAUAGACAGGUGGCCACUAUUAAAGACGGGUUUGACUGUAUACUAAAAUCUUUUUGUGGUUGGUUACAAAGUGGGACAAAAUGACUUGGACUUGUCAAAUAAAUAUAAAAGGUGACUUUGUUUUAUCUCUUUAAUGUUUGUGGAGUGGGAAAAUAGGUAGAUAAGGGUAUGUAUAAUUUCUCUAUCUAUCUAUAUAUCAUGUGUUUGUAUUUUUUAUUUGUUUAUUGUUUGUUUUUUAUUAUUUCAAUUUCUUUAUUUAAAAAA